GUCUCUGUGUCGGCGGACAGUUGUUGUCAUCAAGAUGGAGUUCUUGUUAGGGAACCCGUACAGCACUCCCGUCGGCCAGUGCAUUGAAAAAGCCACAGAUGGCUCCCUGCAGAAUGAAGACUGGACACUCAACAUGGAGAUCUGUGACAUCAUUAAUGAGACCGAGGAAGGGCCCAAAGAUGCCAUGCGCGCGGUGAAGAAGAGACUCAACGGCAACAGGAACUUCCGUGAAGUCAUGCUGGCUCUAACCGUGCUGGAGACUUGUGUGAAAAACUGCGGCCACCGUUUUCACAUCCACAUCGCCAACAGAGACUUCAUCGAAGGUGUCUUGGUGAAGAUCAUCACUCCGAAGAGUAACCCUCCCGCUAUAGUACAGGACAAAGUGCUGUCACUGAUUCAGGCUUGGGCAGAUGCAUUCAGGAGUAGCCCAGACCUCACUGGAGUCGUGCAAAUUUACGAGGAGCUCAAGAGAAAAGGAAUUGAGUUUCCCAUGGCAGACCUGGACACUCUGUCGCCCAUCCACACCCCACAGCGGGGAGUCCCAGAGGUAGAUCCAGGCACACACAAAUACAGAGCGCCCUCGCAGCCCAACACAGUGUCUCAGGCGGCCCCUACACCUGCGGCUGACUUUAACCCCACCCAAAUCCCAACUGUAUCGGGACCCAUCACAGCGACCCCAGAGCAGAUCGCAAGGCUAAGAAGUGAACUGGACAUUGUGCGUGGGAAUAUUAAAGUGAUGUCGGAGAUGCUGACAGAGAUGGUGCCGGGCCAAGAAGACGCCUCUGAUCUCAAGCUACUCCAGGAGUUGAACAGGACGUGUCGAGCCAUGCAGCACAGGAUAGUGGAGCUCAUCUCUCGCGUGUCUAAUGAAGAGGUCACCGAAGAGCUGCUACACAUCAACGAUGAUUUAAACAACAUCUUCCUGCGCUAUGAGAGGUAUGAGAGAUACAGAGUAGGCAGAGCAGCACAAAACAACGGGGUCCUGAAUGAGGCUUCAGAGCAGGAUAAUCUAAUAGAUUUAGGUCCUGCUUUUCCAGCAGUGGCCACUCCUCGGGUCAGCGCUACACCCACUCAUCCACCCACAGCCACCCUGCAGCCUCCUGUUGCUGCUGCUGCUGCAUCCCUCUCCACACAGCUGGCAGGACUUGAAGUGGGUGCAGACAGCGUCAGCGGGACUCUCAGCUCUCUAAACGCUCGCAACCCUCAGGACGACUUUGACAUGUUCGCCCACACCAGGUCCAGCUCUCUGGCUGACCAGCGCAAAAACGUUAAAUAUGAGGAGCCUCAGGCUCUGGAGGGCCUAGCGUCUGCUUUAGACAUCAGACAGCAUAAUGCCACUGGGCCGAAUGUAAAAGGUCCUAAUGCUGAGUUGGAGCCCAUAGACAGCUGGCUCAUUACCCAAGGAAUGAUCCCCGUAUCGCAGUCCUCUGUCAUGGAUGACAUUGAGGAGUGGCUCUGUGCUGAUGUGAAGGGCGAAGAGGCCGAGGAAGGAGUCACGAGUGAAGAGUUCGACAAGUUCUUAGAGCAGCGGGCCAAAAGUGCAGACAAGGCUUUACCGUUGGCCCCUGCUGGAGAGCCCAGACCUCCCGCGAGCACGUCUAGCAGCAACCGCAGGAAGACACAGCAGACGGAGGACAAUCUCUUUGCCUUGUAGAACAGUGACGGGACAGAUGAUCACACCUUACAAACGCUUGCUGAUGCUUUACAAACCUACUGAUGUCUUAUGUUCCCCGCCUGAUAGAGCACUGUGAGAAUCCAGCUUCAUAACAGCUAUAACCUUUGAGCUGAACGGUGCAGUCAAGCGAUGGCUUGAGCAAACAUGUAGCCAAAAUAAUUCUCUUUAGAAGGCUUGUUUGUUUCAUUCAUGUUGAAUAACAGUCGAAUGGAGCUGACUGGUUUCAUAUUUAUCGCUCAUUAAUGCUCUUAAAGUUUGUCAUUCCAUGAGGUUACCAUUCCGUGAGGUAUUCGUGCGGGCCGGUUCUUCUGUAGCGGUGAGUCAGCUAAGAAUUGUGACAGAGCAGGAAAAUGUUUAUGAGGCUCUGCUACAUUCACGUAAUCAUCAUGUGAUAAAGGUUUUUGUAAAAAUAUGUAGGCUCUUUCCAAAGUGACUUUCUCAAAAUGUAAUGAGUUUACUCUUAACAUUUUAUUUCGAUUUUUUUUUUUUAAACUGCGAGUUUAAUCUUGAAUUAUAAUGACUUUAAUCUCGGUUUUAUUAAUUUUUUUAUUAUUAUUAUUGCUUGGCCCUAAUCCACU